GUGAUGAAUGCUUGUACAAUUGAAGGAGCCAGGGCUACCACUGUGACAGGUAUCACUGCAAUCUGAACAUUCGGCUUGACAGACAAAGUUUGUUGCAAUCUAAGAUGUCAUUUGCACUGUUCCACUGAUCAGGUCUAGAGGAGACAAUGCAAUAAUCUUACAGUAAACUUGAUUCUGCUGUCACAAACGAACCCAAUAAUUGUUGGAAUCCAAGACUUUAUUCCUGAAUCUGGCAAGUGGCUGUGGAAAACUUAAUUUGGCAACUGCUUAUACAUGUAAUAAGUGCCCCGAGGACUAUUAUUGUGUGACGAAUGCUGCUCUGAUGAACCGAAUUUGACAGAACCAAAAAAAGACUCUCUCUGUCCGAGUCUGAAGUGGCUGUGGGGAGACAUUCUGGGACCACCAUGGGUGUGAAGAGCAGCUCACUGUACAUGCUGGACUGCCGCAUGUCCGGCCAACACAAACAGACGUGCCUGCCCAGAAAGCCUCCCAACUACAACCACAACUGGACGGAGCUGCACUACACCGCCAGUCACGGCAACGUCGAGAAGCUCAGGGCAGCCCUCAGGAAAGGUAACUGUGAUGUCAACAAGACUGACUACUAUGGAAAGACGGCGCUGUACUGGGCUGCAUACAAGGGUCACACAGAGUGUGUGGAGGAACUGAUCCUGCAUGGUGCUAUGGUGAACAUGCAGUGCAAACACGGCUCAACACCGCUGCACGCUGUAGCCAGCCUGUACCCUGACUGUACAGCACUGCUGGUGCAGAAUGGUGCGGAUGUAGAUGUGCGAGACAAGUGGGGAGUGACUCCAAUGUACCUGUCUGCCACUGCUGGACAGCUGGAGUGUCUUAGGAUACUGGUGGACACUGGGGCCAGGAUGACAUACAAGAAUCAGACGGGGGAAAUUCCCAAGCAGCUGGCGGCACACAAGGAGUUCUGGAAGUGGCUGAACCACCUGUCUCGGAACCCGCGCAGCCUGGCGCACCUGGCGCGGCUGGCCAUCCGCAGACACCUGGAGGACCACCGGGAGUGCACCGUUGCCCAGCUGCCGCUACCCAGGGUCCUCACAGACUAUGUCGCUCUUAAAGAACUCGAUCAGUACAUCAACAGGAACACCAACAACUGAGAUAGCGCUUCUAAACACUCGAAGAACAAUGCACGACAACAUCAGUACAUGAGAUCUCCCGUUUCUUUAACACCCACUUUGUGUCUUGAAUGUGAGAAAUGUGUAAGUUGUGGGUUAAAAAGUGUGAUGGACUAGUACAAGAAAUGUGUACUGUGAACAGUGAAACUCACAGGUUGAGUACGAUGGAGUUGUAAAGUAUAUGAUGGACUUGAAGAUAUUCAUCCUCUUACUCUGAAACAACUAAAUGUCUCAGUCGUUACAUCAAAAGGAAUACCGUACUACCAGUUAGUAACAACUGAGAAUGUACUUAACCAAGAGGGAGGAUAUCCAGGAUGCAUUUUCCCACUCUCAAAAGAACUGGACAAACAAAAACUAACAACAAAAAUCCAUGAGGAGAGUUUGAAUUUUUGCAUCCAAUAUCAGGGUACAGACAUUUGGAAAGGCAUAGAUUUUUGGGUUUGAUCCAAUGUUACCACUUACAACACACCAUAGAGCUUUUAGCCUAACUGAAAAUCACUAAACACGAAUUUUGUCUUGAAUAAUUUUAUUAUCCAGAAAGCUAUAACUGAGUGAACAUGGCCGUGAGUGAUGAAUCAUUUACAGAUGCAAAUUACCUGAAACAGAAAUCUGCCCAAAAACCAUCUGAUAAGAACAUCAGACACAGUUAGAGAUGAACACAGGAUAACCAGCUGUCUUCCUGUGAGCUCUCUGUUAGAGGUAAAUCUCUGCACCACACACGACAGGCUGUAGGCAAGAUAAAUCACAGAACAUUCCACAAUCUUCUUACCUGCUUCCUGAAUCC